CUGUGAGCGAUCUGGUUUAUAUAUGUGUCAUCAUAGUUUAGACAAUACAAAAUGAAAAAUCAUUUUAAAAUAAAUUCUUCUUAAACUGGUAAAUUUAUUUUAUAAAAGUAUUGAUAAUUAAAUCAAUAUUAUACGUAUCACUGUCCUUUUGUUGCAACGACUAUUCCAUAAUACCAUGUAAAAAUAUCAUUCACUUAAUAAUACAGAUAUAAAACAAUUAUUAGCAACAUUUCAAACUUCAUUUUGGUUAAAAGAAAAACAAUGGUUUGUUAAUUGUGAUCAUCAUCAUCUUCCAAAUAUUGGUUAUCGUAACCUACAUAAUGUUCAUUUAUAUACUUUACCAUAUAGUGAUGAACAAUUUUAUUUAAGUUUGUCAACAAAAACAUUAACAAACGUUUGUAAAGAUGAAUAUUGUACAAUAAAAAAUUUAUAUUUUUCAAUUGAUAGUCAAUAUAAUACGAAUAUAGAGAAAUGUUAUUAUUUUCCUAAUCUUGAUUCAUUAACUAUUUGUAAUUUACAUAAACUAAUUUCGAUUGAUAAUCUUAUUAAUUUAUCACAAAUUAAACAUUUAACUAUUAAACAAAAUAAUACGAUACAUUCUGAAGAAUUUUUAUCAUAUAUAUUAGUACAUUCUACAGAAUUACAAUCAUUGACAUUAUCCUGGCAUACACUUGUAGAAAUAACAAAAGAAUUUACCAAUCAACAAGUAUGUUUAUUGUUAAAUAAACAAAUCAAAAAUUUAAACUUAUU